CGAGACCUCGCGAGAGAGAAAAUGAAAUCCGAAAUGGUUAUUGCCGCGCUAUGACCCUAAAAAGUAAAUGUUUCUCUUUGUCCGUGAGUGAAUAAUAAACGAUUGGUCAGGCAGAAUGGAGGGCAGCGUGUCCAAGAAUGAGACUGCAAUAACACCAGAGCUGUACUUCGUAAUUGCCAAAUUCUUAGCGGCGGGACCUUGUCGUGAGGCCGCACAGGUGUUGAAGCGUGAAUUGGAGCGAGCUAAGGUUUUGCCGCAAAGGCUAGAUUGGGAAGGGCGUGUACAUAAUCAAACAUUCGAAGAGUUGGAAAAGAAGUAUUCUCAUAUUGGACCAAAUCAUUUGUUACAAAUAUGUGCCAGAAUUGGUCCAGUAUUAGAAAAAGAGGUACCUCCAUGUAUACCAGGAGCAGUAUCUCUUCUCGGAGCAGGCAGACAAUCUUUGUUACGUACACACGAGGAUGUUUUACGUCAAGUACGCGGCAUCGUUUCAUAUUCUGGAAGACUAGGUGGAAAACCAUUUAUGAAAUCAACUUAUAGUUUAUCAGUGCCUAAUACAGUACGCGUACUUCAAGGAAGGGAGAAUUCAGGUCCUUUGAGUCGUCGUGAAGCGAUACCUACAAGGUUUUAUCAUAGAAUGCAAUUGUACAGACACACGUUGGGACAUUUAUCCGCAGUAUAUUGUGUUCUCUUCGAUCGUACUGGGAAAUAUAUAAUAACUGGUGCAGACGAUUUACUUGUUAAAGUAUGGAGUUCUAUCGAUGGGCGAUUACUAGCUACCUUUCGAGGAGCAUCGGCUGAAAUUAUGGACAUAGCAGUAAAUUUUGAUAACAGUUUACUCGCUGCUGGAAGCCUAGAUCGCAUAUUGAGAGUUUGGUGUUUUCAAACAAUGUCUCCCGUUGCAGUUCUGUCUGGGCACUCUGGUAUGAUAACGUCUGUGAAUUUUUGUCCUAUAUCUUGCAACGGUGUCUACUACUUGGUUUCAACAAGUACAGACGGGUCUGUUGCAUUUUGGUCUCAUACAAGAAAGGGGAAAGAGAGAGCAGUGUUUCAGCCGAAACCGAUUCAGUACCAUGAAAAGAUGCGACCUGGCCAGGCACAAAUGAUUUGUGCUUCGUUCAGUCCUGGUGGGGCAUUUAUGGCAGCUGGUUCAGCCGAUCAUCAUGUUAGAGUAUACGCGAUGUUGGGAGAUGAAGGUCCACGUAGGGUUUUAGAGGUCGAAGCACAUUCUGAUACAGUUGAUAGUAUUCAAUGGGCGCAUAGCGGUUUGAGGUUCAUUUCUGGUUCGAAAGAUGGUACUGCAAAUGUGUGGAAUUUCGAGCAACAACAGUGGAUACAUAAACGUUUAUUAAUGACUACGAAACUUCCUGGAGAAUCAGAACCAGAUGAUGAUUCUAACAAAAAAGCCAAGGUUACUAUGGUUAGUUGGGAUGUAAGUGAUGAAUGGGUCAUCACAGCUGUAAAUGACAGUUCGUUAAAAGUAUGGAAUGCAAAAUCAGGUGAAUUAGUAAAAGUUCUUCGUGGGCACAAAGAUGAAGUCUUUGUGUUAGAAUCCCAUCCGAUAGAUCCUCGUGUAAUAUUGAGUGCUGGACACGACGGGCAACUUAUAAUUUGGGAUGUAUUAAAUACAGAACCUAUAGCCUGUUUUCAAAAUUUUAUUGAAGGUCAAGGUAAUGGUGCUGUUUUUGAUGCAAAAUGGUCCCCAGAUGGAACAAUGUUGGCAGCAACAGAUUCCCAUGGACAUCUUUUACUAUAUGGUUUCGGAUCUGGUGUUCAGAAACUUAAAAUAAUACCAAAAGAAUUAUUUUUCCAUACGGAUUAUAGACCAUUGAUACGAGAUGCAAAUAAUUAUGUUUUGGAUGAACAAACACAGACAGCGCCCCAUUUAAUGCCUCCGCCAUUUUUGGUGGAUGUCGAUGGAAAUCCUUAUCCGCCAGCGCUGCAAAGAUUGGUUCCCGGAAGAGAGAACUGUAGAGGGGAGCAGCUAGUACCAAACAUUGCAGUAGGUGCUGGAGGAAUGCAAGAAGUUAUAGAAGGUCUUCCAUCUCAAGAACCACGGUCCAAUAUUGACCAAUUAAUCGAAGCUCUUGCACAAAGGCAAAAUAUUAACGUCGAAGGAGAGGGUGGUGAUGAUAGGGAAGAAAAUGUUAUGGAACAACCAGUUCGUCAAAUGGCUAGUCCUCGUGGGAGCAGAUCGGGCUUGAGAAGAGCCGGUGAUGUCGAAGGUGUUCGACAAAGUAGUGGUAAUUGGCAAAGAGAUAAUACUACACCUUGGAAUAAGCCUAUACUUGCUCGAUCUAUGAAUCCAGCUGUUAGAGAAACACAAUACAAAGUUUUACACGCAACAGCGGACAUGGAACUUGAGAAUUGGAGACGCGAAAUGCGAAGAAGGCCACAACCAGUGUCAAGUACCGUCACUACUGAAGGCAAUAUAAGCAGUCGAUUAGCGAAUCGUAAACGUAAUAGAACUGCUAGACACGGUUAUAGAACCAGGGCUGCACGUGGCGAGGAACAGGAGGACGAAGAGUUUGAGAAUCUUGAUAAUCCAGGAACAACAGGAAGUUCUGCCAGUAGCAACAGCAAUGACUCUACUGCUCACGAGGAAGAUUUGUGUUCCGAUAGUUCCACUUCAGAUUCUAGCACAGAAUAUUCAGAUUGGAUUGCUGACCAUGGUUUGAAUCUAGAACCACCAAAGAGAAGUAAACGCAAACCUGUAAAGAAGCGAUCUCUUACUCCGCCAAGUGAUCCGGACAGAAGACGUAGCAAACGCCCUAAGAAAAAGUCCGUGCCGGUACCUAAUGGCAUUGGGGAAGUCCCAGAAGCUUUUAGACCUUCCGAAUGGCUCACUGAAGUAAUACCAAGAAAAGCUCCUUACUAUCCACAGAUGGGCGACGAGAUUGUGUAUUUUCGGCAAGGGCAUCAAUUCUAUUUAGAUGCGGUUAGAAAUAAAAAAGUGUAUGAACUUGGUCCGCGAUGUGAACCUUGGAAUAAAGUUAAUAUAAGGGCUCAGGAAUUUGUAAAAGUAGUAGGCAUUAAGUACGAAAUUCGUCCACCACGAUUGUGUUGUUUAAAACUAGCAUUGAUGGAUGAAGAUGGCCGAUUAACCGGAGAGAAUUUCACUAUUAAGUAUCACGACAUGGCCGAUGUAUUGGACUUCUUAGUUCUACGUCAAACGUUUGAUACAGCCUUAGCGCGUAGUUGGUCCGAAGGUGAUCGAUUUCGUUGUAUGAUUGAUGAUGGAUGGUGGAUGGGUCAAAUACAAUCAAUGGAACCUUUGGAUGAAGAUUUUCCAGAAUCUUUUUUCAUGUGUUUUCGCGUCAGGUGGGAUAAUGGUGAAUACGAGAGAAUGAGUCCUUGGGAUCUGGAACCAGUUGAUGAAAACAGACUUCCUGCGGAACUUGGCGGUGCAGUUCCUGUACUUCCGGAAGAAAUACGAACGAUAUUGUAUCAGCCCCAGGCAGAAGAAUGGCCAAUGGGUGAUAGAGAAGCGACUUGUCGUAGGAUUAUACGUGGAUUAGAUCAAGUGAUGAGUCUUGCAAUUGCAGAGCCUUUUAUGGCACCCGUCGAUCUCAACAUCUAUCCAGCAUAUGCAUUUGUCGUGGAAUAUCCAAUUGAUUUGUCGACUAUAAAGGCUCGUUUUGAAAAUCAUUUCUAUCGGAGGGUUACGUCGGCGCAGUUCGACGUUCGGUACUUGGCGACAAAUGCAGAGCAAUUCAACGAGCCACAUAGUCAGAUAGUAAAGCACGCAAGAAUAGUUACCGACUUGUGUCUACGUAUUAUAAAAGAAACUACGGAAUUGGAUGUGCCAGCUAUUUACCAUCAAUUGGUCGAUACGUACCAUUCCUCCGAGUCAGAGGUCGAAGUGGAAGAUGCAAAAGAUAAACCUUCUACAAGUACCCAGAGAGCAACAUCCAGUAGAAAUUUACGAUCACAAGAAAUAGCAAAUGAUUGGAAACUAUCAUGCCGCCAAUUAUUAGAAACAUUAUGGCAAUGCGAGGAUUCUAUUCCUUUCAGAGAACCGGUUGAUAGAUUAGAACAUCCAGAUUACCAUCAAAUCAUAGAUACACCAAUGGAUUUACGUACAGUAAAAGAAGAUUUAUUGGGUGGUAAUUAUGAAACACCCUUAGAAUUUGCCAAAGAUAUGAGAUUAAUAUUUACAAAUAGCAAAAAUUAUAACACUAAUAAACGUUCAAGGAUAUAUACAAUGACAAUAAGAUUAUCAGCUAUGUUCGAGGAACAUAUGCGAAAAAUAAUUUCAAAUUGGAAGUCUGCAAGAAGACGCAAUAAUAAUAGAACAAAUGCAAAAGGGAAAGGAAAAAAGGGUAAAGUUCGAUUAACAAACGGCACAGGACCGCCGAAAUCAAAAUCUACUUGUACAGACGAUGACGCAAAUAGUGAGGAUGACGACGAGGACUUAGAUGAAGUACAAAAGAAGAAGAAUUCUAAUGUGUCCGCGCCAGGACCGUCGCGUAUGACAAACGGCCAUACCAAACGUUCUUUUAAUUCGUCACGAGUGUUAAAACUUCGAAUUUCUAGAUCCGUUAUAUCUAAAAAGACAAAAGAAAGUGAAAGUGAAGCGAGUGACUCGGAAGCUUCCAUGGAAAGUGAAAGUAGUGGUAGUGUGCCUGUAAGAAGGACACGAGCAAGGAAAGCAGUACCGAGUGCUAGUACUGACAGUGAUUCUGGAGAUGUAUAUACACCCAGCGGCCGUGGAAAGCAAACAAAGAAAAAUCGCGCGAAGAAUAGUAAAAAUAAUAAGCAAGCAAAGUCAAAGUCGAAGGUAUUCGUCGCUGCUGACGACGACGACGACGACGACGAGGAAGACGAAGACGAUGAACAGUUUGUUGCGGUUGAGUCGUCGGACGAAGAAAGCGAAGAAGAAGUUAUUAACAAAACUAGCACGAGAUCGCGAAAAUUACCUUCUGAACCUGUUACUAGCUUGAAGUGCAUAACGAAGAAUGGCAGAAAUAAUAUUGAGAGUCAAAGCGAGGAUGACGAAGAUGAAGAAGAAGAAGAGGAGGAGGAGGAGGAGGAGGAGGAGGAGGAAGAGGUGGAGCAGUCUCAACACGAAACUAAUAAUCAAGAUUCGGACAGCGAAGAUUCGGAUAAAAUUUUUGCGCCGUCGAGGUCGCAACGAAGAGCUCGUGGAUUAAGGGAAGUACAAAUUCAAGAGACCACGCUGAACUCGAGAAGAAGUGGAAAACGUCCUCGUUACAACGAGGAAAGUGAUGAAAGCAAUACGAUGCCAGUUAGAAACCGACGUAAAAUUAAACGUCAGUCUUAUGCAGAAAAUAGCGACGAAAGUUUACCAGAACCUGAGAACGUGCUAGGCAUUAGUAUAAGUAGUAGAGGACGUGUACGAAAAAUGACCGAACGAGCACGGGCUUUCCUUGGGAGUCUAGAAUCACCCUAACAGCAUCUUUCAUGCUAGUAAUAAAGAAUGUAAAUUAUUGAUCUUUCAAAUGAUUCUUACGAACGUUUAAGAAUACUGUAAAAAUUUUAAAUGUUAUUUGAUAAUGUUUGUUCUUUGAAACAUGCGACUGUAUCUAUAUUGUAGCAUCACACUCAAUUUGUGUAUGCCAGGAUAUUAUUGCCUGAGAAUUUUAGUAUAAGAUCAUAGAUAGACUGUACGUAUAAACACUUGAGAUUGUCAUAGCAAUUCAUGAUAAACACUGCUGCAAAAUACUUCCAUUAUUGUGAGGCACAUGGGUAAUUUUCUUUUACGUUCAAAUGCAUCGUCGAAUUAGCAAACGAAAGAUUUAGUCGCAAGCGGAAACAGUGAAACUUUAUAAUAACACUCGUUUGUUAUAUUGAUGUAAUAAUGUUUAAUUCGCUAACAAGAAAAAGGGUUAUUUUCGUAAGAAUAUUUUUACUUUUUACACACGCUAACGUUUUAGACGCAAUAACACUUAAAUCGUUACGCGUUUCAACGAAUUAUUACUUUUACGGAAUAUUCCAAACUGUUAUUAAUGUACAGGUUAUUAAUGUUCGGCCAC